AUGACCUCCCAGAGGCCCAGUUACAGCGUGGCCAGCACCAUCAGACUCAACAAUGACAUCCAAAUGCCCCGAAUCCACCUCGGUGUCUAUAUGACCAGCGGCUCUCAAACGAAGAACGCAGUAACGCAUGCCCUAUCCGCCGGCUACCGCGCAAUCGACAGUGCAGAAUGGUACGCGAAUGAAGCCGAAGUCGGCUCAUCGAUCCGGUCCUACCUGGAUUCGGAUCAAAACACCACCGGGCUGAAGAGAGAGGAUAUAUGGUUCACGACUAAACUGAAAGAAAACAAUGGGUACGAUGCGACGAGGAAGAGCAUUAAGAAGAGCAUCAAACAGAGCGGGCUAGGAUAUUUGGACCUGUAUCUGCUGCACAGUCCGUAUGGUGGGAAGAAAGCGAGGCUGGAGUGUUGGCGGGCGGUGGAGGAUGCCGUGCAGGAAGGGGAGGUGAGGGCUGGGGGAGUGAGUAAUUUUGGAGUUAAACACUUGCAAGAACUUCUCGACGCGAAGACGAAACUUGUACCGGCCGUUAAUCAGGUUGAAGUGCACCCCUUUAAUACCCGUACCGAUAUUACCACCUUUUGCGCAUCGCAUGGUAUAGUUGUUGAAGCGUACGCGCCUCUCGCGCGCGCGAUGCGUAUGAAACAUCCCACAGUCGUGGAGCUGAGCAAGAGGUAUGCGUGUACGCCUGCGCAGCUGCUGGUGAGAUGGAGUUUGCAGCAUGGAUAUGUGCCGUUGCCGAAGAGCGUGAAGAGGGAACGGAUUAUAGCGAACGCGGAGGUAGAUGGAUUUGAGAUUGACGAGGACGGGAUGGGGGAUCUGGAUAGAUGUGACGAGUAUCUGGUUACGGAUUGGGAUCCUACGGACUGUGACUGA